GUGAAUUUCUUUCAAGACAAGUCCACUAAAAGCGGUAGAACCUGAAGAAUCUUAUAUUUUUUAAGUUUCCACAACUUUAUGAAAGUGCAAAGUUAUCGACAACAUUCGGACUCAGUCUCAAAUUCCAGAUUCCAAAUUCCACAAUUUCAACGCUACUAAUCGAUCCCUCAAGUCUAAUUGGGACCAUUUUUUUCACUUUUUUUGCUGACCUGUGACCUUCUUGUGCUCGAUAUGGCAGUGCUAAUGUUGGAGGAUGUUAUUGUGCUGGGUGUUCUAACGAGUGUGGACGUUCCGGAAAAGGUUGAGAAGUUCAGAUGAGACUGGCUCUUCCCCAGUUGGCGACAGAGAGGACCUUCCUCCAAACUGUUAGCCAGGUGGUGGAGAAGGGAGAAGUUUUUCUAUAUUUUUAUAAGUGACUUGUCUCGAGUCAGAAAGUGUGGCUACCCACAAGGUCAGUUAAGGUCAUCGAAUAGUAAAGCCAUCGACACGGUCGAGGAGAUCCGGUUUAUUUUUGCUAGUUUGUCCCACUGCAUAUCUCCACUAUGACGGCUCUUGUCGGCUUGUGUAAAGCGAUCCAUGUCGUCCACCCAAAAAACCAUGCGUUCAUCAACAACUACCCAGUUUCUUCCCGUCCCACGUCCCCCGUGGGUGGCUGGGCGUCCUCACCCCUCAAUAGGAAUGACUUCUCCAAUAAUGCGGCUUGGGAGGUCUUAAAGUCGUCGGGAUUGCCACCCUUUGGUUUUCACGUUCAACUGGAAGUCAGCACCGUUCCAGUAAAAAAGCGUCUCAGUUCGUGGGAGUUGUUUCCUAUUCAAGAGGAAGAAGAAGAGGAGGACGAGGUUGACGAGGUCGAGGGGAACGAAGAUGAUAAUUCAGCAUCAUUACCGUCGUCACCAGAACCACCGGUGGUCUUUGAACAAGUAGUGGAUAUCCAACAACGGAAGGAUACUCCUUCUCCGGUACCAGUCUGGGGCAAGAAAGAAGUUUUGUCACCAUCACCACCACCACCUCCUCCACCUCCACUGCCUAGAACUCCUCCCCCUCCGCCAAAGAGCCCUGUCUCGACCAAGAUAAGCCAUGUGGUGGGGCGUGUCCGGGAGUGGGGACCGGUUGGGGGAAAACGCAUCCUAGCCUUCAUCCUGGGCGACAUCAUGCGCUACUUGGAGGAGGAUGACGACGACGACAAGAAUGGCGGCCUGGUCAUGAAGGCCUCAAAUCGCCACAACUCAGCCCCACCCAUGGCGGAACCACAGCCACUGCGGAGCAUCCCCCAGCCGGUUGAACGGCAAAGGAGCGUUUCUGGCGGGGGUGCGAUUAACGUCGGUUCGGCGGAUCUAUUUUGUUCCAGCCCGAUCGUGAUGGGGAUGACGCCGACGAGCGGGGGACCGAGUCCGGUACCACCCGCGACGACGAAUCAACAACCCAUCGUCAAAAUUGGACAUUACGUCCUCGGCCAGACUUUGGGGACGGGGACGUUUGGAAAAGUUAAAAUCGGUGAACAUCAAUUAACCGGACAUAAAGUUGCGGUUAAAAUUCUGAAUAGAAAUAAAUUGAAGAGUUUGGACGUCGUGAGUAAAAUUCGGAGAGAGAUUCAAAAUUUAAAACUUUUCCGGCAUCCACACAUUAUCAAAUUGUAUCAAGUAAUCAGUACGCCAUCGGACAUAUUCAUGAUCAUGGAGUAUGUUUCGGGAGGGGAGUUGUUUGAAUAUAUCGUGAAGCAGGGCAAGUUAAAGGAGCACGAAGCACGUAGAUUUUUUCAGCAAAUAAUCUCCGGCGUUGACUACUGCCAUCGACACAUGAUUGUCCAUCGGGACCUGAAACCUGAGAAUUUGCUCGUUGAUAGCAAUCUGCAUGUGAAGAUUGCCGAUUUUGGCCUUUCGAACAUGAUGACCGAUGGAGACUUCCUCCGGACAAGCUGUGGCUCUCCCAACUAUGCGGCACCUGAAGUAAUUUCUGGCAAGUUGUAUGCCGGCCCGGAAGUGGAUAUCUGGUCAUGUGGAGUCAUUUUGUAUGCCUUGCUGUGUGGAACGCUUCCCUUUGAUGAUGAACAUGUUCCAACGUUGUUCCGCAAGAUUAAGUCCGGAGUUUUCCCACUACCUGAAUACUUGAACAAAUCCGUGGUAGCCUUGUUGUGUCACAUGUUGCAAGUGGAUCCCAUGAAGAGGGCGACGAUAGAAGAUAUCAAGAAGCACGACUGGUUUCAGAAAGACUUGCCCGUAUAUCUCUUCCCAUCUCCGGUGGAUCAAGACACUUCAGUCGUCGAUCCCGACGCUGUACACGAAGUUUGCGAGAAAUUUGGCGUGAGUGAGAACGAAGUCCACAACGCUUUAAUGAGCGGUGAUCCACACGAUCAGCUCUCCAUCGCCUAUCACUUAAUCAUCGAUAAUCGCAGAAUUGCUGACGAAGCGGCUAAAGCGGAAAUAAAGGAUUUCUAUGUAGCCAGCUCGCCACCACCGACGGCCUUUCCAUCAGACGGCAUCCAUAGCCCGAUAAGGCCGCAUCCGGAACGAAUAGCGCCCCUUCGUGAACGUGUCAUCACCUCAGUGCCAGUCGGAAACAAUGCAGAUCGACAUAAAAACAGUGGGGUCAAGAGGGCAAAGUGGCAUCUCGGAAUUAGAUCGCAAAGUAAACCACACGACAUUAUGAACGAGGUGUACAGGGCAAUGAAGACCUUGGAUUUUGAAUGGAAAAUCGUGAAUCCUUACCACGUCCGUGUACGACGCAAGAGCGCCAACAAUACCAAGCAUGCCAAAAUGUCCCUCCAGUUGUACCAAGUCGACUACAAAAGCUACCUGCUGGACUUUAAGAGUCUCUCUUGCGAAGAGCAAGACAAAGAGAACACGCAUUCCAGCAUGGAAAUGUUACCGACCGUCGCCGCAGGACUGAGCCACCACACGAUGGAGUUUUUCGAAAUGUGUGCCGCCCUCAUUACACAACUCGCCCGCUGAGCCGUACACACUUAUCAGUUUUUGUAAUAUUACAAAACCUGCAUGCAGCAUUUUUCUUCACUGAAGAGACAUGCUGAUAAAUUCAAAACAUUUAGUUCAGUCCUCUAGAGAGAUAGUAAACUACAUUGCAUUUUGUUUUGUUUAUGGGUUAAUAUUAAAAGAAAAGAGAUGUUUAUUGUUAUUUAGACGAGUUUGAGGAUAUCAAACUUAAAAUAGCUUUUGUUUUAUGUUGAGUAAAUGAGAAAUGAAUAAAAUCGAUUGGAAAUGCAAUUUCCAAAAAGUUAAUCUGA